AUGGCAUUGUUUUCCGCUCCCCGCCGCCUCGUCACCGGCCAUGACGAGAAAGGCAAGGCCGUCUACCUCAAGGAUCACACCGUCGAGCCGGAACCCACCAACAUGGACGCCUCCUUCGCCGUGCUCUGGGAGACGCAUGAGUUCCCCGCCACCAACAACGACUUCAAGGACCCAAUCACCACAAAGACCGAGAGUCUCUCCAACAAGGACGGCGUGGUUCUGCGCGUCGUCGACAUUCCUGCAAACACCGUCACGCCUUUCCACCGAACCGUCUCCCUGGAUUUUGGGAUUGUUCUGGAAGGGGAGGUGGAGUGCUACCUCGACGACGGCGUGACGAAACGCAUGAAGCGUGGAGACGUGUGCGUACAGCGCGGAACGAUACACGGCUGGAAGAACCCCACAGACAAGCCAGCCAGGAUCUACUUUGUCCUUAUCGCGGCGGAGCCGGUGCUGAUAGACGGCAAGCCGUUCGAGAAGACUGGGUUCUCAGACAAGGAGGUCACGACUGGAGGGAAGUAA